AAACAUCGUGUUGCGGCGUUGCCAGGGAAACGGGUUGGCAGGAGAACGCACGGGCCUCGAGGAAGAGAACAGCACCUGACAGAACGUGCUUUGCUCUCGCGCCCUUCACACCGACCUGAACGUCAUGGAGGCUGAUGAGGACAGGAUGAAGGAUCAUCUGAGGCUCCAGUUUCAGGCGCUGCAGGAACAGCAGGUGCAGCGUCUUCAGGAGCGGCUAGAGAAAAAGAAACAGAUCUCUUUUGAGACAGAAAAGGACGAGGUGAGCUCAAACGGGCAGAACAGUCUGGACCUGUCUGAGGACGAGGGAGACUCUGUGCUGGAGAGGUCAGAAUCCAGCUCCAGACUGCUGAAGAAGGACAACCAUCAACUCCAGGAGCAGGUCAGGGAGCUGCGGGAUGAGAACGGACGACUCCAUAAACUCCUGAGUGAAAAGGAGUUCGAGAUCAAGUACCUGAAGAAGAAGAGGGAGGAGGACAGGCUGGCUUUAGUGGGCACAGCAGGACUGGCAGGAGAUGCAGCAGCAACCAAGAUCGUGGAGCUUUCGAAGAAGAAUCGGGAACUCUCAGUGGAAAUGGAGAGAGAGAAAUCCAAGAGCAAACAGCUGAACAACAGAGUGAGAGAGCUGGAGAGAGAGCUGCAAGAUACAGCAGUAUUCAGUAAUGGAGUGAAAGGAGACCACAAACUGGACGUUAGGAGCUCGCAGCAAGAGGCCACUCCACUGGUGAAGUCUCUACAGGAGAAGCUGAACAUGGCCCAGUUUAAAAUGAGUGAAUACCGCAACCAGAUCCAGGCUGUCCGACAGGAGCUGAAGGUCGCACACAAGGUUCUGAGCAGUGAGGUCGGGGAGGAUGUGUGUGUACAGCAGAUCCUCAGUACUCCAGGAAGCUGGAGAGGAAGAGCGCAGCAGAUCCUGGCCUUACAGAACCGAGUGAGAGACCUGGAACAUCAGCUCAGCUCAGCGUCCAACAGACAGAAGCCGGGAGAGUUCAGCCCGGAGCAGAGCAUGCUGGGAAAGGGAGUCCAUCAGAGGAACCAGGACAAGAACCAGAGCUACAUCCGCACCCUGGAGAGAGACAGGAAAGAGGCACUGGAGAAGCUGAGUGUGGAGUAUGAGCUCAUAGUGAGUGAGCACGCUGAGGUGAAGAAGAAACUGGAGAGCAGCAAAGCAAGGAACCGCAUCCUGAGUGCUGAGCUCAAAACCCUAAAAACUCAACUCUCCACACUGACUGAGAAGGGACAGCAUGACAACGAGCUCAUCGACGCACUGCUGAAGCAGCAGGCUCAGCUCCAGGCUGUGUUGAGUCGUCUGGGUCAGAAAGAGGGGCAGCGUGAUGAUGCAGACCACAAGCUGGACACACAGGAGGCUCAGAGACACAAUGACCUGAUCACACAACUCAAACUGAUAGUGAAAGAGAGAGAGGAGAAAGUCCAAGAGCUCGAGCGGGAAAUCCAGCAGCUCACACACACCAAACUGGCAACAAGACACACAGAGGUGAAAAUUAGCCACGCCCACCUGAUGGACAGAGAGGAAGGAGACAGAAGGUCAGUCUCAAAAAUGGGACACAGACUCGUUGAGUCGGCUCUGACGCUGUCUCCUGGAGACCACACUGAUCUCAGAGAUCGCUCGGAGGUCCGGUGCUCCUCAUGCGCCGCUCUGCAGGUUCAGUGUUCAGAGUUUAAAGCUCUGUGUCAGGCAGCUAACGUGGAGAGAGACCGACUGCUGGAGCUGACUAAAGUCCAACAGAGGAGAGAAUCCGAGGCCAUUCAGAAGAGUGCAGACACCGAGCAGAAGCUUCGGGAUGAACGUCGCCGCUGUGUGUUUCUGGAGCAGCAGCUGGAGAGACUCAAGUUAGACUCUGAGAAAGCCCAAAGAGUCAACCGCAGCAGGACAGGGAGCUUAAAUGUGUCUGAGAAACAGGACAGCAGUCUUUCACCCCGAAGAGCCAUGGAGUCAGCGCAGAUCAGUGACCUCAGCACACGACUUGCUGCCCAGCAGGAGGAGCUGGAGGUUCUGAGGUCAUCUCUGGAACAAGUUUUGCAGGCUAAAGAGGAGGACCUGCAGCUCUACAGCACCAUGAUCAGCCAGGUCAAGCAAGUCUUCCUCCAGGCUCUGCGGCAACACAAACAGAGCUUGAAACAGGAAACGUAGCGCAGGAGUCUUCCCUUUCAUCACAUCCGGACUCCUGCAGAAUCAAAGCAUUGCAGAUUCAAAGACUAGCAAUCUGAGGGGCCAGGGUUUUAGCAUCUAGGCUCCAAAUAUCUGAAAUCUUUACCCGGAUUUAGAGUAGAGUUUCUGGAACCUCAGCCUACUAGAUCUUCCCCCAAGUAACAAAAACAUGAGCCUCAUGGUCUCAGAUGUCAGGAUUCAGGUUCUAGGUCCUAGUCUCCAGUUUCCAUAUUGGCCAAAUCCAGUCUACAAAUCCCAGACCUUCAUCAAAAUGGCCUAAUCUCGAAUUCUGAAGCUUAGUCCCAAGACCUGAGAUCUUAGCCUGUCGGUCAUGGAAGCCUCCAAACAUCAGACUUUAAUCUUUAAGUUCAAGAUAUUAGUGUCUGUUAGGCUCCUUAUCAUGGAUUUUAGCUUUCAGGCCACACCAUGUUGUUGUGCUCCAUGUUAGCUACUAUAUCCUCAUAAUCCUUAGCAUUUUUAUUAGAUCUUAGUUUCCAAAUCUUUAUCUUCAGGCCAUAUGCUGUAGAUUCCACUUCCCAGAUGUUAAGCCUUUUAGCUUUAGAUUUUAGCCUCCAGACCCCAGAUCGUGGUCUCCUGUGUCUCACCAGGGUCGUGGAUUUCCAUCUCUCUGUGUCUGGAAGCUGAAGGUCCUAAUAGAUUUAGUGCUAAUCUUAACAAACCCGUGCUAAUCCUGACGGAAUAAUUGAUCAGAUACGGACGAGGCAGAGACAAGACGUCAAUAUGGCUGCCAUCCUGAGCCAAUAGGAGCUGCGGAGAAAACCGAGAGCUUUGUUUAAAUUAAUGUCACUUAAGUUAGAAAAGCUUGUUUGUUUUUCUGCUAACUGAAAUAAAAAGUGUAGUUCUGGAGCAGACGGAUUCCGCUUGACCGAGUGAAAAUAAAAACCGUCUCCGUAUAUAAAUCAAGGUAAAAUAAUAUUGAAUAUUUUCUGAAUAUUUUUACACUUUACUGGCCCUGUCCUUUCUGACGCACGUUGCACAUCAUCAGCGUUUGGCUCCAGCGUGCUGUAAAUCAGAACGACAAACAAAACUCUAGAAAAAAAAUGUAAGAAAACAUCCUGGCUUUCGCGUCCAGCCGAGCCUCUGCGGUCCCCGAGCUUGUUUUCUCCGGCUCGCGCCAUCCUUGUGAAGCAGUGUAGAGUGUGUUUAACACUCCUCACACUCCUGGGACUGGUAUGGAGCUGCAGUUUCUCCACCUUCUCGCACGCUUCUCUGCUCAGACGCUCCAGCCGGCUUCCCUCCCCACAGAGACACCACGCCUAAUUUAAGUUCAUCGUCGUUUUUUUUCAUCUUCCUGGAACCCGGAGAGGCUUCGGCGUGAAAACAUCCAAAAAGAACGGGCCUCUUAUUCAUCUAUGCUCCACAGAAAGCUGCCUGUGUGUGUGUGUGUGUGAGUGAGUGACGUUUUUUUGGCCUGGAGGUGAUCCAUGCGCCUUCACCCGGGAGCUUCAUUCCCCGCCGUAAGCAAUCAGCCGUCGCUUCUAAUUAGCAGCCAUCCCUCCGUCUUUAGCAUGAUUACACUCGACCGCGUGGCAGCGUGACGCUCACAACAACGUUUCAUCUGCUUUAUUUUGUUACGCUGGAAACAAAAGCAUCAUUUUUUUUUUUGUCUCGAGUUUACUGAAGGAUAAAAGCCUGAUUCCUUCUUUCAGCACGGUUUCUGAAUACAGGGCGUGAGUGAGAAAUAUAACACAACUAGACACGUGACUUAAACCUAAACGUGAGGUAAUGUGAUAAUGCGAUUACUGUUUCCACUCAGAAUGUUUUAUUCCUCUGACAACACUGCAACUUAUCUCUUUAACGUCUGAAGGAGUGAGUCCCUGUGUGUUAUAGCAGCCAUAAACAGUCUUCUCUUUACUCACUAAAAUAAUCACAGCUUGUCAUGUUAUUGAGAAACUGUAAAGAAACUCCUCCGUCUUACAGUUACAC